AUGUCUCGAGAGAAAGAAUCUCAGUGUAUUGAAGAUUUUAUUAAUAUUUACCGAAGCGAACAUUGUUUGUGGAAAAUAAAAUCUAGAGAAUACCAUGAUAAAUGCAAAAGGGACGCUGCCUACAAACUUUUAGUUGAAAAGCUAAAAGAAAUUGGCUCUUCUGCGACGAAGUCAGUGGUAGUAAAAAAAAUAAAUAACUUGAGAAGCAGCUACCGGAAAGAGUUAAAAAAAGUAAAGGAAUCAACUAGGACAGGAUCAGGAGCAGACGAUGUCUACCAGCCGAAAUUAUGGUACUACAAUAUGUUAAGUUUUCUUGACGACCAAGACACACCACGUAAUUCGCGUUCAAAUAUUGCAAGUGAUGACGAGAAUAGUGCCUCUGAAGGAGAAACACAAUCAGUUACCACUAAUUCACCAGACCGUGAUACAGAUAACAUAAAUGCAUCGAUUUUCACUACAAGUACACCAGCAUCAAUAUCGCAUGAAACUCAACGCAUUCGCCAAAGACCACACAGAAAUACAUCACAUCAAUCUGCGCUAACAAACGAAGUUUUGCUUAGUGUAAAAGACCAUUUCAAGCAGCCCCGAAUAAAAGACGAUCGUUUUGAUGUAUUUGGCAAAAACGUUGCUAUGAAGUUGCGUGAUUUAUCUAAUUCACAGAGAGUUUUGGCCGAAAAACUCAUCAAUGACAUUCUAUUUGAAGCUGAAAUUAAUAAUUUAACUAUUUCACACAAGUUGGUGCAACAAAACCAACAAAACUAUGGACCAUAUAGUUAUGAUUCAGCUUCUCCUUCAACAAGUCAUUCCACUGGCAGCGAUAAAAGUUAUGAAACAUUUUUGGAAGAGUACCAAAGGUUCCCUUGCCUUUGGCUUAAAAGUGAUCCUGAAUACAAAUUACGAAAUAAACGUGACUCUGCUGAAGAAAAACUACUUGAAAGUUCAGGACUCACCACUCUCAAAGAAUUGAGGCAGAAGAUCAGAAUUAUACGGUAA